ACUGUAUACCCUUGUAUACCCCUAUAUAUCUUGUGUACCCAUGUUUACCCUAGUAAUACUGUAUACCCUUGUAUACCCUUAUAUAUCUUGUGUACCCAUGUUUACCCUAGUAAUACUGUAUACCCUUGUAUACCCCCUAUAUAUCUUGUGUACCCAUGUUUACCCUAGUAAUACUGUAUACCCUUGUAUACCCUUAUAUAUCUCGUGUACCCAUGUUUACCCUAGUAAUACUGUAUACCCUUGUAUACCCCCUAUAUAUCUUGUGUACCCAUGUUUACCCUAGUAAUACUGUAUACCCUUGUAUACCCCUAUAUAUCUUGUGUACCCAUGUUUACCCUAGUAAUACUGUAUACCCUUGUAUACCCCUAUAUAUCUUGUGUACCCAUGUUUACCCUAGUAAUACUGUAUACCUUGUAUACCCCUAUAUAUCUUGUGUGCCCAUGUUUACCUAGUAAUUAAUACUGUAUACUGUAUACCCUAUAUAUCUUGUGUACCCAUGUUUACCCUAGUAAUUAUAUAUCUUGUUGUAUACCCCCUAUAUAUAUCUUGUAAUGCAUACCCAUGUUUACCCUAGUAAUACUGUAUACCCAUGUAUACCCCUAUGUAUCCCUUAUAUAUCUUAUGUACCCAUGUUUACCCUAGUAAUACUGUAUACCUUGUAUAUACCACUAUAUAUAUUGUGUACCCAUGUUUACCCUAGUAAUACUGUAUACCUUGUAUACCACUAUAUAUCUUGCGUACCCAUGUUUACCCUACUAAUACUGUAUACUCUUGUAUACCCCACUAUAUAUCUUGUGUACCCAUGUUUACCCUAGUAAUACUGUAUACCCUGUAUACCCCUAUAUAUCUUGUGUACCCAUGUUUACCCUAGUAAUACUGUAUACCCUUGUAUACCCUUAUAUAUCUUGUGUACCCAUGUUUACCCUAGUAAUACUGUAUACCCAUGUUUACCCUAGUAAUACUGUUACCCUGUUUAUAGUAAUACUGUUGCCCUAUAUAUCUCGUGUACCCAUGUUUACCCUAGUAAUACUGUAUACCCUUGUAUACCCCCUAUAUAUCUUGUGUACCCAUGUUUACCCUAGUAAUACUGUAUACCUUGUAUACCCCUAUAUAUCUUGUGUACCCAUGUUUACCCUAGUAAUUAAUACUGUAUACCCUUGUAUACCCCUAUAUAUCUUGUGUACCCAUGUUUACCCUAGUAAUACUGUAUACCUUGUAUACCCCUAUAUAUCUUGUGUACCCAUGUUUACCCUAGUAAUACUGUAUACCUUGUAUACCCCUAUAUAUCUUGUGUACCCAUGUUUACCCUAGUAAUACUGUAUACCUUGUAUACCACUAUAUGUCUUGUGUACCCAUGUUUACCCUAGUAAUACUGUAUACCCUUGUAUAUCCUUAUAUAUCUUGUGUACCCAUGUUUACCCUAGUAAUACUGUAUACCUUGUAUAUACCACUAUAUAUCUUGUGUACCCAUGUUUACCCUAGUAAUACUGUAUACCUUGUAUACCACUAUAUAUCUUGCGUACCCAUGUUUACCCUAGCAAUACUGUAUACCCUUGUAUACCACUAUAUAUCUUGUGUACCCAUGUUUACCCUAGUAAUACUGUAUACCUUGUAUACCCCUAUAUAUCUUGUGUACCCAUGUUUACCCUAGUAAUACUGUAUACCUUGUAUAUACCACUAUAUAUCUUGUGUACCCAUGUUUACCCUAGUAAUACUGUAUACCUUGUAUACCACUAUAUAUCUUGCGUACCCAUGUUUACCCUAGCAAUACUGUAUACCCUUGUAUACCACUAUAUAUCUUGUGUACCCAUGUUUACCCUAGUAAUACUGUAUACCCUUGUAUACCCCUAUAUAUCUUGUGUACCCAUGUUUACCCUAGUAAUACUGUGUACCCUUGUAUACCCUUAUAUAUCUUGUGUACCCAUGUUUACCCUAGUAAUACUGUAUGCACUGUAUACCCUUAUAUAUCUUGUGUACCCAUGUUUACCCUAAUCUUGUGUACCCAUGUUUACCCUAGUAAUACUGUAUACCUUGUAUAUACCACUAUAUAUCUUGUGUACCCAUGUUUACCCCAACCUUGUAUUCCACUAUAUAUCUUGCGUACCCAUGUUUACCCUAGUAAUACUGUAUACCUUGUAUACCACUAUAUAUCUUGUGUACCCAUAUUUACCCUAGUAAUACUGUAUACCCUUGUAUACCACUAUAUAUCUUGUGUACCCAUGUUUACCCUAGUAAUACUGUAUACCCUUGUAUACCCCUAUAUAUCUUGUGUACACAUGUUUACCCUAGUAAUACUGUAUACCCUUGUAUAUCCCUAUAUAUCUUGUGUACCCAUGUUUACCCUAGUAAUACUGUAUACCCUUGUAUACCCCUAUAUAUCUUGUGUACCCAUGUUUACCCUAGUAAUACUGUAUACCCUUGUAUACCCCUAUAU